UAAAAUUGAUUUAAUCUUUGUUUGCAUGCAAACUUUAUUUUAGAUAGUAGGUAAAAUAAAAAGCUUAUUAGGAUUUAACAGAGGACGGAAGGGUAUCUAAAAGAUGGAUAAUAUAAAUAAGAAUAAUCAGCAGCUUUCUAAUUAAAUUUCAAUAACUUCAUACAAUAUAUUAGCAGAUUUAUACACUGAUCCCUGGUAUUUCCCUUAUUGCCCGAAGCAGUAUUUAAAUUUUGAUUACAGAAAAUGGAAGAUAGUUGAAGAAAUAAAGCUUAUUAACAGCGAUAUUGUAUGCCUUCAAGAAGCAGACCACAUAGAAGAUUUCUAUUAUUAGCAAUUUUAAGAUUUAGGCUAUCAAAUUUAAUACGCAUUAAAGCCUUAUAGAGCUGAAGGAAUUUUGGUAAUGUUUAAGAAAGAUAAAUUUAAGAUGAUUUCUGAGCAUGUUAUCAACUUUGACAAUGAGAUUCCUGAUACUUUUAAUAAGGCAAAUUACUAAAGAAACAAUAAUGCUCUGAUAAUUUAAUUAAAGCAUUUAAUUUCUGAUUUAAAUAUAGUUAUAGCUAAUACGCAUCUCUUUUGGAAUCCAUAGAAUGAGGAAGUUAAACUACUCCAAACUGCUUAAAUAUUGCAGCAUCUUACAAAGAAUUAUAAAUAAGAUGAAAAUAUAAUUUUAUGUGGAGAUUUUAAUUCUAUGCCUACCAGUAACGUUAUAAAAUACAUAACAGAUAAAAAAGAACCCCACUUAAGCAGAGUUGAAAAGCAAUUUGCAAAAUACGUGCUUAUCAAAGACAUGAUGGCUAUUCAUAAUAUGUUCAGUGAAAUGAAUUUAAUUGAUUUGAAGAGCUCUUAUGAUGAUUAUUUAAAAACUGGUAAACACCCUGAAUUCACUAAUUAUACAUAAAAUUUCAAAGGAACUCUUGAUUAUAUUUUAUUUAACCCAAAUAUGAAGUAAUUCUAAUUAUCUGAAGUCAGAGAAAUACCUAUAGAUUUGAUUAAAAAAUAAAAGGGAUUACCUAGCUAAGAUUAUCCUUCAGAUCAUUUGCCAAUUACAGCUAUUUUUAGUAUAAACUAAGAUGGUUAAGAUUAGAAAUAAAAUUCAGAAUAUAUAAAUGACCAAAAUUAAGAUGAUAAUAAUAAUAAUUUACCUCCAACCUAAGAAAAGUAAGUAUGAAAGUGAUAUUUAAAUUACUUUUCUUUUCAUUAUUAAUACGAAUAAAAUAACUAAUUAAAACAUAUUUUGUGUAAAAAUCUUUUGAGUAAAAAGGCCAUUAAUUUAUUUACUAAAAGCAGCCUUUUGAAAUAAAGAAAAUUUGUAUUAUAGCAUAAAAGGAAAGUUCUAACAAUACAAAACACUUAAAAAUCACAAAAAUUAAAUAUAAAAACUUUAAUUUUGCAAAUAUUUUAAUUAUUAUUUCAGUUUUUAUUAAUUUUUAUGGGAAGAAAUAAAUAAAAAAC